UGUGACAUUUCAUUUGUAUGUUGCAUACAGUGGUGGAAUUCGGAACACCUGUUAACCUGCCACUCACUGUAAGCAGGUUAUUUUCCGUUUUCACAAGCCACUUUGAAAAAAAUGUCGAAGCGGAUUAGGUCCCCUCAUGCGACCACCGCAUGGUAUCACAUGCUAACUACAUGACUUCACAAAUAGGCACCCUACAUGAAAAUCCAGUGCCUUUCCUACAGGCAGUUCCCGUGUUCUGCUGUAACUCUACUCAUCUCCGGUGGAAACCGAAGCCCAACCUGUGCUGUCCGAUUUUGUUCAGGUUGCCAGAACUGAGUUAAGAAGUCUGCUGCGUGAGGAGAAAUGGACUGUGAGCUGCUAAGACUUCUGUCUUGGGGACACUAAUUUUGGGGAAGAACCUUGUUCUUACUACACAAAGCAUAAAGAUUACAGAAGAGACGACAUGGAAGACUUCACAUAUGUUCGAGAGACACGGGGCCACUGCAGAGGCUUGGAUAAAAAGGAGACCCAGGAGUUCUUUCAGACAUGUGACAUUGAGGGCAAAGGAUAUGUCACACGCACAGACAUGAGGAGGCUUCAUAAGGAGCUGCCUCUGAGUGAAGAGGAGCUAGAGAACGUCUUUGACUCACUGCAUACAGACAGGAAUGGCUAUCUCACCCUGGGAGAGUUUUCUUCUGGUUUUAGUGAGUUCCUGCGUGGCCGAAGGAUCUUGAGGGUUGAGGAUCAAGCUGCCAGCUCCUUGAAAGCUUCCGAAGCUAUUUACCAGAACCAGUGGGAUGAUGUAUCGAUGGAGAACAAGGAGGAAGAGGAUAGGCACUUCGGCAUGCUGCUUGAGAGCCUAGGAGCCACCAAUGUCUUUGAGGAUCCGGGUGACGUGCGCAGUCUUUGGGCGCAGCUGCGGAAGGAUGAGCCUCACCUCCUGUACAACUUUGAGGAGUUUCUGGCUCGGGUCACCGACCAGAUCAAAGAUGCACAGCAAGAGAAGAAAGACAUGGAAAGUGUUCUUCAAAGGAAGGCAGUUGUACAUGACGGUGAAAUCAAACGGUUGUAUGAAGAGAUGGAACAGCAGAUUAAAACGGAGAAAGACAGAAUUAUCCUAAAGGACUCUGAGCGUCUGCUCUCCGGUCAGGACCUGCAGGAGCAGUUGAGCACCAAAGAGCAGGAGCUGGAGCAGAUCUUCCACAAGCAGAGAAGGUUGGAACGCCAGUGCCAAGAGUUGUCGAGUGAGCGCCAGGUGAGCCGUGUAGAGAGUGUGAAACUCAAGAUGACUAACGAGGAGCUCCUGCACGACCUGAACCACACCACCCAUGAGCUCACCAUGGCCCAGGAGCAGCUCAUGGUCCUCCAGAGGCAGGCCUCCAGACUGCAGCAGGAGAGAGAAAUGGAGAUGUACCGGGUCACAGAGGGACUGCAGAGAGAGAAGCAGAGCCUAAUGAAACAGCUCGAUCUUCUCAGAGAGAUGAAUAAACAUUUAAGAGACGAGAGGGAUAUAUCUUUUCUGAAACCUAAGCCUUCUAUUAAGAAGACUCAGAAACUAAGCAGAAUUCCUUCACUGAAACGUGCAAACCGGAGUCAUUCUGUUAAGAGCGAGGGAGCCACAGAAGAGGAGAUGGGACAGCGUGUGCGUGUGCCCAGUUACAGUGCCGGCUCAAGGGUUGGUGGGAGAACGGAGAACGAUGGAACGAAGGAGGUGCAAGGGGUCCAUGCUGAAGCACGGAUGGUUGAGCGUCCUGAUGCUGGGGGAGAGGGUCUAGAUGCUCCUCCCGGGGGCUGGCCCCUGCGCAGGGUCAUUUCCAUCGAGGAGGAUCACUUGGCUCACCUGCUGCAGGGGGAGACCCCACCUCUGCUACAUCAGCUCAGUGAGGAAGACGAGGACGAGGUGCAGCAGCAGGAGGGGAGGGACGAAGAGGAAGGAAACACAGACUUGGACUUAAGUAGCAUUGACCCGGCUGAAACACAGCAGCUGUCCCACCGUCCAGCCAUUGUACCCAUUGAUGCACCUACACGGAACAGCAGCAAGAAGUCCAGAUGGGCUGGCAAUGCACCCUCAAGUACCCGUGGGCAGCCAGUUGGGAAGGAGACAUACCAGCAGGUGCAAAUGGAGGGUGCUCUGGUGGUCCCGGACCGCCUGUUUAAGGUCAUCCUGGUGGGUAACUCUAGUGUUGGUAAGACUGCCCUACUGCGUCGCUUCUGCGAGGGCCGCUUCCAAAGGGCCACCUCAGCCACCGUGGGGGUAGACUACAGUGUGAGGACUCUUAAUCUGGGAGACAUGAAUGUUGCUUUGCAACUGUGGGAUACUGCUGGACAAGAAAGAUACCGCAGCAUCACUAAGCAGUUUUUCCGAAGAGUUGAUGGAGUGGUGAUCAUCUAUGACAUCACAGUGGAGGAGUCUUUCCAAGCUGUGCAACUGUGGCUUAGCAACAUACAGGAGGCGGUGGGCGACGACAUCCCCAUCAUGGUCCUUGGCAACAAGAUGGACGCAGAGAGUGAAAGAGAAGUCCCACUGAAGGAGGGCCAGAGGCUGGCAGAGGACUCUCAUCUGAUAUUCUAUGAAGUCAGCGCAUUCUCAGGAUACAAUAUUAUGGAGUCAUUGACUCACCUGGCCAGAGUACUGAGGGACACUGAGGACCACGAGAAGGACAUGACCGUUCAGCUGUCCGUCCACCAUGUGAAGAAAAGAUCUUGCUGCAAGUAAUCGUCACUGCGUAACCCUGGAAGUAAUUCAGUGACACCAGCCCCCCGUUUCCACAGUGUUGGCCCUGUACCAUAACUUCUGCAAUUUGCUCUAACAUGCUAGAUAUCAGCUUCUGGGCCAAAUCCUGAUCCAGGAACUUUGGCCUGAGCUGCAAGCACCAGAGAUAGUGUUCCUGAUGCGUUUACACUAUCGGCCAUGAAACUAAUGGCAAAAAUGGCUGCCAUACGAGACACUGUACAGCAUUCCAUGGACAGACAAACUAAACAGAGCAAAACCACCAGCAAUGCACCUGAAAAUGAAUCCAAUCCCUAAAUAUCUGGUAAUGAUGUAAAUAAGGUUAGUUAUCUACCAUAUAGGUUAAAUGGCUCCAUUUUGCUAACUAGCAUGGUCCUCGUCUUGGACCUGUUGCCCUAACUGUUGAGCUGGGCUUGUUGCUAGGGUUUGGGUUGCUGGUUGGGGUUACUGGUUAAGCCCUGGUUAAGCCUCUGCCAGCACAAUAUAAAUGCUCCUCGGGCCAGGAACUCAUUUCAGGCACCAGGGUUGGCCCAGGGUUGGCCCAGGGUGUAAACAGAGCUACUGUGGUGGCUCUUUGAUCAGUUAGUAGACCCCUAACAGCCCUGUAUCCAGAGUCACAGCAUCAUAGUAUGCAUAGCGACGGGGUCUUUUUUAUUGUGCUCUUGAUCGUAAACAAAGGACUGAGUUGGCAUUGUUAG